CGGUUGACGACGACAUGAGCACGGAUCCCAACUCGUCGGACGACGAGGAGCACCGCCACACCAAGCUCAUUGCGUUGAGCGCCUCCAUUCGCGGUGGUCUCAACCGCGGCAGCUCCUCGCAAGCACUACUCGGCGACAAGGACGGGGACAUGAAGAAGCACGAAGGCCCGUUCGUUCACGAGGACGAAGGAGACGACGCCGACAACAACCUCGCGUCUACGCUCGCCGUAUUCGAGACGAACCAGCCCGACAACUCUACGACCUUGCUCGGCGCGCUCAGUGGAAGCUUUGGAAAGCGUUUGAGCCCUCCCGGUCGGAAUGAGCUCGAACGUUGGCUCGGGCGCUUUGGCCCCGUCUGGGCCGAGGUGUCCACUGCGACGAGCAUCGUGAUGGCAACUGCCACCGUGCUUCUCCUUCCUCUCGAUUUGCCCGUCCCAAGACCCAAGACCGAGCCCUGUGUGGAGCGAGUUGACGACGGCAAGAUUCGACUCUACUGGCCCGUUCCCGACAUCGAGGCGACCGACCUCUUGAAAGAACGCUUGGGGAGCGCCGUGCGUGUCGGCAAGUCACCCGCGGCCAACCCGCUCCCCAAUCGCUUCCCCCUUCGCCUGUUUGUGAGCCUUCCAGGAAAAGCACAGGAGUUCAUCGACGCAGGUCCGCUUGCUCUCGUGGAGCUACCCGUGUCGACCCAGGAGCCGAACACGUUUACGUUGGAGCUCAUCCAUGGCCAGCAACUACCACAGGUCAUCACCGACGCCAUGGUCCAGUAGGACACCGAGACACAACGUUUUGAAUGUAUGCAGUGUUGC